AAUGUAAACAAUGAAUAUAUAUUGAUUCGGAUAUCGUUGAGUCUAGUUAUUUUGCUGUUUGAUUUGUUUUUAUUUCGUGGGUUGUGUUUUUGUUUUUUGUUAUUAUGGCCAAUAAAAGCAACAAAAAAGAGUGGAUGAAAGGAGAAAUAGAAGAGCUGAUAUGUUUAUAUUGUAGUAAAGUCGAACUGUGGGACGUUACCAGUGUUGAAUAUAAAGAUAGGCUAAAGAAAAUUAGUGAUUAUAAAGAAAUGACUGAAAAAUUCAACACAACGGUGGAAGCGAUUCGGAAGAAGCUCCACAACCUGCGAAAUCAAUUUAAUCCUGAAUUGAAGAAGAGCAGAACAACAAAGUCUCUCCAGGGCACUGAUGAAUUGUAUGUGUCGCAGUGGCCGUACCACAAUUCAUUAAAAUUUAUGCAAGGAUCAUUUGACUGCAGACCAGCGAUAGGAAAUAUAGCAAUGAUAGCCGCGCGAGAUAGCUGGUGGAUGAUAAUCCAGACGACCGGAGUUCGAACCCACAUCGGAGCAGUUUCCACCAAACAUCAAUCUGUGGCAUUUUAAACAUUCAUAUUCCACUCCCAACACAAGUCAAUCAAUUUCUACAAACAUAAAUACUCAUAUAUAAAAAUGGCGAUUCGUGAGGUUGUAAUAAACAUUUCACGAAAAUAUUUUGCGCCAUUUGUUUUUUUCUAUGUCUGUAAUAAAUCGUAUAUAAGUAUGGCAAAAGUUGUUUUUGGUGCUUUGACAAUUCAUGAAUAUAUUCAUAUUAGAUCGCAAUUCAAUUCCAACAUAAUCGCUAUUAUAGCCGGUCAAAGUUGCAUAUUCAUCCAAACAAAUUAGGUAAGCAUUUGCCAUGUAUGUAUAUGGCCUCCACUUUUGCAUGCAUAUGCCAGUUAGGCGCAUUAUAUGCCAACCAAAUUUUAGGGCAUAUGAUGUUAUAUAUACGCUUGUUAUGCGAUUUAAUGUUUG